UUCAAAUCGCGCAACAGCUAAACAAAAUCCAACGCCGUGUUUUAAAAAUCAACACUUUUUCCGCAUUUUGUCCGUAUUUUCCGCCUUGAAAGUGCAAUUUUGUCAGGUGGAACGCUCGAGUUCAUCGGAAUUUUCCCUCGCCGCAAUGAGCUCAACGGGACCGGACGGACCAGACGACGGCACGUUCAUCGUAACGCUGGAGGACGGUUCGCUGACGUCGCCCAAGGCGGUCGGAGUGGGCAGCGAGCUGGCGGCCAUCAUGAGUGACGACGAGGGCGGGCGCAUCAUUACGGAACUGGGAAAGCCGGCACCGUCUUCCGCGGGGAAGGUUUUCAUUCACAACCAGACCAUGAUUAGGGCGGCGGGUGCUGAUAGGAAGAAGGAAGAUUUACUGGCGAAAAUGAAGAGCCGAUUGAGCAAGCAGAUUGAUUUGAAGAUGGUGUCUACGCCGAAGGCGGCCCCGAGGGAGGUGCAGCUGGACACGAGUGGUUCGAUUGAGAUUCCGCAGGAUUUGAUACUUGGGAGUGACAUUCCGGCUACGCCGCUGGCCACGGCAGGGGGGUCGAAGGAGCUGGAGCAUCACGAUUUGAUUGCAAUUUUGGAGGGGGACGAUGUGGAGAUUACGGAGAGCACGACGGAGAUUGAAGUCCGGGUGGGUGGUGGGGGUGGGGAUGAUGGGGUUUACAACGAUGAGCAGGUGCUGGAGGAGAUCCAGAUUUCAUUCGUGGAUGAGGCCGACAUGAAUGUCGAGCAGAAGGAGCUGGAAAAGACGAUCGCGAUGCGACAGAUGGCGGCUCUGCCGGUGCUGCCGAAGGGUCGGAAACCUAAGAAAAAGGUGGACGAAUUUGGGGCGGAAAUUAAAGUUUCUCCGCCGAAGCCGAAACCGGUGACGCCGAAGAAGGAUCCGGUCAAUGUCGUAACAGUAAAGGGUCAAACCACGAUUAAACCCGUGCCAAGGCCAAUGAUUAUCCCGAAGAAGGAACCCGUCGAAAGGGAAACUCCUCGGGUCGUGACUCCGCUGUCCAAGCCAAAGACCAAGGUUGUGUCGGGUUCGCAGCCGUUGCCAUCGCUGAAUUCCAUGGCUUCGCCUCCGCGCACUCCUAAACUGUCAUCACCGUCGGCGAACGACGCCAUCAAGCAGUCACCGAACGAACUGAUCACCUCGCUGGUCUCCGAUUGGGACGACGAACCGGUAUCGGCGCCGGCUAAAUUGGUUAAGGUGGACUCGAAGGUGUCGAUGCCCCCACCGCCACCUCCGGCGGAAGAUCCAUUGGUGGAGCCGCCGAAGCGAUCACGUGUCAUCAAGAAAAAGAUCAUUUGGGACCCGGACAAUCCGGAGACGCACAUGUCUUUCGCAAGCUUUGUCAAAACGAACCGGUCUCUUCCGAAGCAGCCGACCGAGGAACGGGCUAAGGAAGCUCCGGAACCGGUUCGUCCCGUUCCGAUCGGCAUUCGCCGCAAACGGGCCGAAUCCGUCGCAGUCCACAUGAUCAAAGAUCCUCCGUACACGCCGCCAACGUUCCUGAAGCGUGCCCGUACGCCGGAACCGGCACCAAAACGUAGCGCCGCAACGGCCGCACCCAAGACCGGUGGUCCCGGGAACAAACGUGGCCGCAAAUCCAAGAGCGAGCUGGACAAACUGCUCGGCGACGAAGGUGCCAUCAACAUGCUGUACGAUUUGGAGUGCGAAAACAGCAACAAAGAUUUGCUCAAGGAUGCCGACGUCAAGCUGGACGACCCUGAAGACGAAGACGAGAAGCUGCUCGCGAAGGCUAAAAUAAUCGCCGACGUCGUCAAGCAGGGCACCUCCCCGAAUGAACCGGUGGCGCACGUUUCCCGCGUCCGGGCCAAACGUCAGACUUCGGUAAGCCCGGUUCCGCCAGCGGCUACUCCAACCCAGACGGCCACCCGCAAGGGCGGCCCAGGUCGCAAGCGCAAAAACACCCAAAACACAUCCCGCGACUGGGACUACGUCUACAACGCCCAAAACGAAAACGACGACGCGAUGAUCAUCCGACGUCGCUCUUCGUCCUACUCCAGCACGGCCAGCCCGCGGCGACUCAGCGUCGAACAGGGCGCUCCACCCUCCGGCCACGACUCGUCAGCCGAAAACUUCGAGUUCAUCAAACCCACGGACAAAAAAUCGCCGAGCAAACAAACCCACGUCAAGCUCGACUCUUCGCUCGUCGCCAACAUGAAGGGCAAACUGAGCAAAGUACUCAGCUCUAAGAAAGACCAAGAGGAUCCGCUUGCCGCGGCCACUUCAACGCCCCCGGAGAAGAAGUCCAAAGCUACACCGAAGCCCAAAUCGCUGGAAGCCGCAACGUCAUCGCCGCCACCGGCGACGAUUUCAACGACCACAGUUCGAAUCGACGAAAACGGGCUCGGUCCGGCCGCCAAGGAGGAAUCUUUCCACAGCAAGCUGGCCGAGCUGAAGCUUACCGAGCUAACCUGUCGGCUGUGCGGAAACCAUGCGGAGAUUACGCUCUGCCAGAGCGACACCAAGCUGAAGGAUGUGUUCACCGUUAAGCUGCUGACCGACCUAAAAUCCGUGCUGAAUCUGGUCAAGGCCGACCCCGCCGUGCGGGCCGUUCUGAUCCGGUCCAUCAACCGACACUUUUGUCGUGGCAUCGACGUUUCGUACCUGAUCCAACCGAACGCGGAAAAGCGCAAAAACGCCGCCCAGGAGCUGAGCGGUCAUUUGAGAAACUUCCUCCAAACGCUGGCCACGUUCAACAAGCCGUUGGUGGCGGCCGUUCACGGCGACCUGCUCGGCCUCGGCGUGACUAUCCUGCCCCUGUUCGAGGUGGUUGUCGCCCAGGACACGACGACGUUCUCCACGCCGUACGGCAUCUUUGGCCACCUGCCGGAGGCGAUGAAACUGUUCACCCAGUCGAAAAACCUCAAGCCCAAAGCGAUCACGGACCUGCUGUACAUGAGCAAAAAGGUGUCGGCGACGACGGCGCAGGAUUUCGGACUCGUGUCGGAAGUGGUUCCGACGGAGAAGCUGCACGAAAAGGCGACUGCCGUGACGAAGAAGUUGGCUUCGCUUUCGCCCCAGGCAAUCCGAUCGAUCAAGGCCAGCCUCCGCCAGGACCAGUUGGCGCGCCUCGACGAGCAGCUGACCGCGGAGCAGAAGAAGCUCAGCCAGCAGUGGAUCUCGGCCGAGUGUCAGGAAAAGUUCAAAAUGUUCUGCUCCCGGGGUGGCGAAUGGUGACCGGUGCGUAAGGCGCUCCCUCACUAAGUGUAAGUGAAGAUGCUUUUAUUUACUUCUACCUUUUUUUGUUUUUCUUUUUCUUUAUGUCGAUGGAAAUUGACAUCGACUUAUCAUCGUACGAAAUGAGUGAAUUUGGUACAAUUCACCUAUUAUCUUUGACCCAUUUAAGUAUGAAUUCAAAUAAUUUGACUUUCUGUUAAGGCAUUUGCCUGCAUAUCUAAUUUAGAGAAGAAGAAAAAAAACUUUAUUUUGAUCUUUCGGUUGAAAGCGCAAUUGGAACAGUGAAAUUGCACCUGGCUAUAUUUUAGUAGUUGAAAGAAAAUAUGCACCUUGUUAGAUCAGUAAAAUCAGCAAAUGCGAAAACGAAAACUGCAAUCGAUUGACACCGACACCGAUUUUUUGUUUGAAUUAGGAGACGAAACGUUUAGAUCAACUGAAGAAAAAGGCAUUGUUCAAAAUUAUGAAAUUAUGAAGUGAAUGUUCUAUAAAUACAUAUGCUAUCGAAUUAAGUAUAGUUUAUCUCUCUAGAGAGAAUUGCAA